GACACAAUGGCAGGGCACAAUCUCACAACUGUGGGGUACUUCAUUCUCCUGGGAUUUUCUGAUCUCCCUAAACUCCAAGGGAUUCUCUUUGCAAUUUUCUUAAGCAUCUAUAUAAGUAUACUGAUAGGAAAUGGUCUCCUCAUUUUUUUAACCAAGAUUGACUCAGGUCUCCAAACACCAAUGUAUUUUUUCCUUGGAAACUUUUCCUUUCUGGAGAUCUGUUACACAUCAGUCACUCUGCCCAGAAUGCUGGCAGAUCUCUGGACCCAGAAGAGAACUAUUUCAUUCUUUGCCUGUGCUGUACAAACUUGCUUCUUUUUUAUUCUGGGGGUGGCAGAAUGUUUGCUCUUGGCAGUGAUGGCUUAUGAUCGUUAUGUGGCCAUCUGUAAGCCUCUCUACUAUCCUCUCAUCAUGAAUCACAAAGUAUGUGUCCAAUUGGUUGUGGCUUCUUGGAUGCUUGGGGUCCCAGUAUUGAUAGAGCAGACAUACCAGAUUUUUUCUCUGAAUUUCUGCGGUCCUAAUAAAAUCAAUCACAUUUUCUGUGAUGCCCCACCUUUAUUCAAAUUAGCCUGUGGGGACACAUAUAAGAUAGAGGUCUCUGUCCAUGUUGUCGCUCAGCUAUUUAUUUUAACUCCCUUUCUAUUGAUACUUGCAUCCUAUGUAAAAAUUAUAACUACUAUCUUGAAAUUGCCAUCAACUGCAGGAAGAUCCAAAGCCUUCUCCACCUGCUUCUCCCACCUCAUGGUUGUAGGCUUAUUCUAUGGAUCCGGAAGUAUUGUGUAUUUCCAGCCAAAAUCCAGUCACUCAGAAGGAUCUGUCAAAAUAUUUGCUCUUUUCUAUACCACUGUAACCCCAAUGUUUAACCCCCUGAUAUACAGUCUAAGAAAUAAAGAUGUUAUUGCUGCACUGAGAAAACUGCUUCAUAAGUGA